ACGUGGACUGCCCAAUCAGCAAUUCCUUUCCCUCCCCCGUCUUUCCUUUACCUUCCUUCCCUUUCCUGAAAAAACCAAAAUUUCCAAGAAAUCUCAAAAUCAAACUCUGCAAAAACAGAAACGUAAAUCCUGAAAACAAAAUCAAAUUUGCUAACAAAAUCACUGCAAUUUUUUUGAUACAUUUUGAUAUUUUCAAAUGAUCAAUCUACACCAUAUUUUCCCUUUUUCAAUCGAUAUGAUUGCUUGUAGAGGAUUCAUCUUCACCAUUUUUAUCCUCAACUUUGUUCUUGCUUGUCAUCUUAUUCUCCUUCAACCUCUCGUUUCUGCUUCAGAUGGAAUUCCUAUGAAAGCAGAUGAUUUAUUGGAAAAGGCUACACAAAGUAUAAAAGUAAAACGUUACAGUGAGGCACUUGAGGAUCUUAAUGCUGCUAUUGAGGCAGAUUCAACACUUUCGGAGGCAUAUUCACAUCGGGCAAAUAUUCUCCGUCGGCUGUGCAGGUACAAAGAGUCAGAGAUAAAUUAUAAAAAGUAUCUGGAACACAAACCUGGAAAUUCAGCUGCUGAAAAAGAGCUAUCUCAGUUGCAUCAAGCUAGAAGUGCUCUGGAAACUGCUUCAAGUCUCCAUGAUUCUGGAGAUCUUAAGAGAGCAUUGGAGUAUGUUGACAAAGUUGUGCUUGUUUUCUCUCCUGCAUGCUCAAAGGCCAAACUUUUGAAGGUGAAAUUGUUGUUAGCAUCAAAAGAUUAUUCAGGUGCCAUUGCUGAGACUGGUUAUAUCCUCAAAGAAGAUGAGAAUGACCUUGAUGCUUUGCUAAUUAGAGGCCGUGCCUAUUACUAUUUAGCAGAUCAUGAUGUGGCCAUGAGGCAUUAUCAAAAAGGACUUCGUCUAGAUCCAGAGCACAGUGAACUGAAGAAAGCUUAUUUUGGAUUGAAAAAUUUGCAAAAGAAGACAAAAAGUGCAGAAACAAACGUCGAUAAAGGUAAAUUCCGCCUUGCAGUGGAGGACUAUAAAGCAGCUCUUGCUCUAGACCCUGCUCAUGUAGCGUACAAUGUGCAUCUUCAUCUCGGAUUGUGCAAGGUGUUGGUGAGAUUGGGUAGAGGGAAGGAUGCUUUGAGUAGUUGCACGGAAGCCUUAAACAUCGACGAAGAACUUCUUGAAGCUUUGGUACAGAGGGGUGAAGCAAAACUUUUGACAGAAGAUUGGGAGGGGGCAGUGGAAGAUCUGAAAACUGCAGCUCAAAAGUCACCCCAGGAUACGAGCAUCAGAGAAGCACUAAUGAGAGCCGAGAAAGCCUUAAAGUUGAGCAAGCGCAAAGACUGGUACAAAAUUCUCAGUGUCUCUAAGAGUGCAUCUGCUGCAGAGAUAAAACGUGCCUAUAAGAAGCUUGCUUUGCAGUGGCACCCAGACAAGAAUGCUGAGAAUAGAGAAGCAGCUGAAGAAAAAUUUCGCGAAAUAGCGGCUGCAUACGAGGUUCUAGGGGACGAAGAAAAACGUGUAAGAUAUGACAGAGGAGAGGAUGAAGAAGGCAUGGGGAUGGGUGGCGGUGGUGGUGGUGGUGGUGGUUAUGGAUUUGGUGGAUUUGAUCCUUUUGGUGGUGGGGGACAGCAGUAUACAUUUCAUUUUGAAGGAGGCUUCCCUGGUGGUGAUUUUGGCGGAUUUCAUUAUUAAGGUUUUCUGAUGUGAGUCCUUUCUCCGCUGAAGUCAGAAUAUAGCUCAAUUGUGCAACAUGAUUAGGAAGAUUUUUUCUAUUCUUCUUUUUCACUAACAACUGAAUGGGUAUCUUCCAAAUUCUCAGCCUUUUGUAAAGUCUGCUAAAUCAAUGGCUGAGAAAAAAGCUUCAUCCAAAACUUGAUUUAGCCAUUUUCCCCCAGUAACAUAGACUGAGACAGCAUAGACCCUGUUUCUUACUGCGGUUGAAGUGUAAUCUAUUUGUAGUCAAUAAUUUUUGGAUCAACAUAGUUAGUGUCGAGGAAAAUAAACUGGGGAGAAACAGGCGCUUUAGUCUUUAGAGAAGGUUUUGAGGAUAACGGAUUUUGGUGACACGAUGAAGUUGAUCACCGGCUCUAUACUUGUAUUGUUAUUAUGUGACAUAUGAAAUGAAAUCAAAAUUUUGUUUUUGCGUCA